AUGUCGAGCUCAUCAAUUCCCUUCUCCUCAUUUGCCGUUGUGGGUUUGAUCCUCCUCUUCGCCGCCGGACCUGCUUCCGCCCAGAUUCAAAUCCCGGCGAACGAAUCCGUGCCGGCGGCUUUAGUGUUCGGCGAUUCAAUCGUCGAUACGGGGAACAACAACAAGAUCCUUACCUCUCCUGCUAGAUGCAACCUAAUCCUUACUUCCCCUGCCAAGUUCCCUUUGGUCAUCAUAUUCCUUCUGAUCAUCUUAUACGCCGUACCUGCCAGUGCAGCCAUCCUGGCGCUGUACGUUCUCAUCACUGUUCUGUUUGCCUUACCGUCGUUUCUCAUACUCUAUUUUGCUUAUCCCAGUUUGGAUUGGCUUGUCAGAGAAAUCAUCACUUGA